UUUUUAUUAUGAAGUCAAUUAUUACCUAUCAUGUAGCGCCAGCCUAACUUCUGACUUGUUGCCAUGACAGCGGUGUCUUUUUGACUUGUUGCCAUGACAGCUGCACUGUCUCUUUAAGAAACCCGGAAACGGUUCCCUCCAGUGUUUUGCUGGCCCAAACAGACAGCUGAGCUCCCUCCCAGCGAUGAUAUCCCACCCUGCUAUCUGGGCUUUACGAAGUAGUGUGAGGUGCUGGUGUCACCGGACUGUGUUCAAAGCGGCUCUGGAGGCCUCGGACGUCAGCGCUUGGCGUUGGUACUCGACCCCAGUUCGUGGCGGUGUCACGGGCAUGGAGGACAUCCUGGCUAGGGUCAUUGCUCCUUUACCCACAUAUGAAACGAGAGACAAGUCUCCUCCUCCUCCCGAAUCAAACAGCUUGGAGUUUAUGCACUUCUACGGAAAUCUGGAAAAGGAGGACAAACUCCACAUGCUAACGAAGCUGUCACAAGACUUCGGUGUAGACCACAGAAACGUUUCAGAGCUCGCUGUGAGGCUGUUGGACACUCAGCUCCGAGACUUGUCGACCAUUUUGCAAGUUGAAGACAGGCUGCGGUACGGCCUGACUCCCCGUUAUAAACAGCUGCUUAAUCACAUAAGCAGAGUCGAGGGGGGAGUGAAGUUUCUGGUGGACCUCCGAGCCGAUGUGCUUGAAAUAAUCUCGUCCAAAGCGAGCGAGAGCCCGCACAUCAGGGACCUGAAUGGCACACUGAAGAGCUUACUGUCUGAGUGGUUCUCUGUUGGUCUGCUCCGCCUGGAGAGAAUCACCUGGCAAUCCCCCUGUGAGAUCCUGCAGAAGAUCAGCCAGUAUGAGGCCGUGCACCCUGUGAGGAACUGGACAGACCUGAAGCGCAGAGUGGGGCCGUACCGCCGCUGUUAUGCCUUCACCCACGCCGCCAUGCCAGGAGAACCCCUGGUCGUUCUCCACGUGGCCCUCACAGAAGACAUCUCUGAUAACAUUCAGAGUAUCGUCCGUGAGUUUGCCACUCUUGACUCUGAAGAGGAUGUGAAUAAGAUAAACGCAGCCAUCUUCUACUCCAUCUCCUCCACCCAGGCUGGCCUUCAAGGGGUGGAGCUGGGCAACUACCUCAUCAAGAGAGUGGUCCGAGAACUGCAGAGCGAGUUCCCUCACAUGGCCCAGUUCUCCAGCCUGUCUCCCAUCCCAGGCUUCUCCUCCUGGCUCCAAGGCCUGCUCAGCCAGUUCAGGAAGGAAGGCCGAGGCUCCGACAUCCUCUCCGAGCAGGAGUGGAAGGAGGUGGAGCAGGCCACUGACUCGGCCCCGGGGACCCCCGCCAUCGAGGCUCUCCGCAAGCUGAUCACAACCAGUGAAUGGAUGCGUUCCGAGCGUCUCAUGCGCAUCCUGGAGCCCGUCCUGAUGCGUCUCUGCGCCUGGUACCUCUACGGGGAGAAGCGGCGAGGCUACGCUCUCAACCCGGUGGCCAACUUCCACCUGCAAAACGGCGCCACCAUGUGGAGGGUCAACUGGCACGCUGACACCAGCCCAAGGGGCGUGGCCAACUCCUGCGGCAUCAUGGUGAACUAUCGUUACUUCCUGAAUGAAACGUCUAAGAACAGUGCUCUGUACCUGCAGAAUAAGGCUAUCACUGCGUCGGAGCAGGUGCUGGGGCUGGUGACCCAAUUUCAGAAGAACAGCAAAUUGUGAGAAAGAGAUGCCCUUAAAUGCACCUCUGGUCUGUCAGCAGUUAUUAUUUUUGACUUCAAAUUAGAACAUUUGUCCACAAAGUGUCUCAUCCAUCUGCUGCAUGUAGUCCAUAGGUUAGGCUUCUAGCCUCUUUGAGUUUCUGGUUGAAGCGGUUUGAUAUUGCCUAACUGCCUCCCAAGCUGAGAGACUGUAGCUAAUGAAGCACGAGGCAUUUAUCAAUGCUGCCCCAUGUUCCUGGAUAACAGUGUGUGUAAUGGUGAAGCAGGAGCGAUGAGGAGGUGCAGCUACUGGAAUAAAUGAUGUUUAGAUUCUGUCAUUUGGCUGAACUGUCUCACUGCAAACACACUGAUGAAUGUCUUGGAUUUUGUCUUCUUUCCUUAUUCCCUUAAAGUUCAAUACACAAAAGCAUGAAAUCACUACCUGGAAAUAUUAUUUCACUUUAAACAAAACUGUUUUCAUUCUGCCGUGUAUCAUGGCUACUCCGAUAUUUUACAGUCGACUGUGCUCAUUCUGAUCCACUGGGCUGUACCUGCUGGGUACCUCCAUUCACGUGAUUUUCUUUUUUUGCCUUAACACACACACACACACACACACACACACACACACACACGCACAGCGCCAAUGUCUCCAGAGAGCCAUCGCUGAUGUUCUAACUGCUCUGUACAGGUGCCAAGCAGGGCUCAUAUCAGCCCACACUCCAUUGUUGUGAAAUAAUAUAUCACAGCAAGUUGACUGUGAAAUUACAUUUUAUCUCUCUGAGGAGCCAAACUUUCUUUUCUUUUUUUUCCCUACAUUCUGCCCCCCCUCCCUGUGCCGCUCUGUGUCCUAGAAACUAAUGGAGUGAGAAAUAAAGUUAAAGUAAAUGGCUA